AUGCCUAAGACUAAGUACUACGCGGUUCGGAAGGGACACCAGCCAGGGAUUUAUCUGACGUGGCCGGAAUGUCAACGACAGGUGAAUAAUUUCAGAGGCAAUGAGUACAAGAGUUUUGAGACGCUGGAUGAAGCCAGGUCGUACCUCGCCUUGGCUAAUGUCUCUUCGCCCUUCACGCAACCCGCGGAGGCUCCAAGUCACGCCUUUAUGCCUGCUGCUGCCGCUACUGCUGACCCGUAUACCAGUGCUUCUUCAAAUUACUCCUUUACGCCCUCUGCUGCUGCUCCCGCUACUGCUGCUAUUACUCUUUUUGCUGUCGCAACAGGGGCGCUCUACCGCAUGGAGUUUGACGGCGCCUCCAAGGACCGUUCUGCCUACUCAACGCCCUCCUCCUCGCAACGCGCCUUCUCGCUCCUACUCCAUGCCUCUUCGAACCCCCCCCAGGCACUUUACCGCAUGGAGUUUGACGGAGCCUCCAAGGGCAACCCGGGGCGGGCAGGGGCGGGGUCUGUGCUUCGGGAUGAACAUGGCAACGAGUUGGUGUGCAUGAAGGAGGGAGUGGGGCACGGCACGUGCAACAUGGCAGAGUACCGCGCGUUCAUAGGGGGGGUGGAGCUGGCUCUGGCUCUUGGGAUCACACGGCUGCAUGUGCAAGGAGACUCCAUGCUCGUGGUCAUGCAGGUGCAGGGCAAAUGGAAGGUGAAUGCGGAGAUGCUGCGGGAGCCGUGCAGGCAAGCACAGCAGCUGGUGUGCCGGCUCAGAGAGAUUGCCAUCCGCCACGUGCCCAGGGAGUGCAACCAGUUUGCUGAUCGACUCUCCAAUGAGGCGGUGCCUCUCGCAGAGGGAGAGCGGGUAAUCGACCCCUCCACCUCCACCCACAACACCCACCCUCUCCACGGCUUUACUGCCCACAGCACCACGGCCGCCCUCUACUCGCCCUAUUAA